GGCUGACUAAGCUGGCAUAUCUCCCUCCACCCAUCCCCCGGACAAGGACAGCUUUGCGCAAGGAAAUCUACGGUAAUCCAAGUCCACUGACAUCCCUGUCCCUAUAUGUUGGCGCUUGACUGUCCAGGCUCGAUACGCCGCCAGUCCUCGCUUCAGGACACCUUACAUUUCGGAGCGCAGCAUAUUCACCUCGUCGCACACGCGGACCGAGAUGCCAAUAGCAGCCAACAACCGCAAACCAUGAAAAUCUUUCUACCCUCUUCAGCUAUGAGCCAUUGAUACCUACAACCGGAUCUUGAAAGACUCAUUUGUUGGGACAGCCUAUGCUACGAAGUAAGAGAGUGAGCCGGAAGAACAAUGGGAUCCUAGUGAUGAUGAUGAUCGCGGUAUCUAUUUAAAACGAGAGAACUCAUGAUGGAUGAUAUACUUGGCGGUACUGCUGCUUCUGCUACCGCGGUGUCUGGCGGGAGCAGUGAAAUUAGGACAAACGGAAAGAUGGGCUCUGGCAGCCUUUCAGAAGAUGACAAAAGGUCGUAUGUUGCUGGGGCCCGGAAGGGGAGUGACGCUGACAUAGGCCUGGGAGUAAAGGGGCCCUUCAAGGGAUCAAAUUUUGGGGCUAUCAAUGGACACAUCUCUCCGCAGCCGGAAGUGCUGCAUAAGGAACAUCUGGGUAUGCCGAAAAGUCGUAAUCCCGAAACAAGCACUCUGUCGAAGCAUGACGGUGCAAACGUGGUGCGUUUUCAUACACCCGACGAGGCGAUGGAAGGCCAGAGGGGACACAAACCACAUUUUGCACCGACCUCAACGGAGACUCGAUUAGGUUUGGCAAAUACUGUUAAGAAGGCGGAUGGCGGAACUGCGACGGUGGCAUCCCCGGCUUCUGGCGACAGGCCGGUGCAUCAGGCCGUACAACCCGCAGAUGUAGGAACCCCAUCCUCCUCGCAGCGCCCUCUGAAGCCGAUUAAUACAAACCCGCAAUCUCCUUCGAGUCAUGAUCGUGAAAAGGACAAAGUUCUCAAACUGUCGCCGGCAAAAAUUCAUGAACUCACUUCUUCGCCAGAAUCUUUAACCCUACACUCCAUCCCACUGGAGCCCGAUAAAAGACAGCCAAAUUUACGGGCUCCAAUACCCUCAGAUUCGCCAAGUAAUGGUACGAUCCUGGACACGUCGAUGGGACCACGGGCUGUGGAUGGGUCUUUAAAACGAACAAAAUCUCCCCGCCGCAAAUUAAGUGCUGGCAAAAAUGUACAUGUGGAGGAUGCACCCGACUUUCUAACGUCCGGACAUCAAACGAUCCGUCCGUUCUCUUCCCGUCAGAAAAGCCACUCAGCCCGAGCUGUGUCGACCACUGAUACGCUCCAGAAACGGCGAUCUUCCGCAAGUGGUGAUAGGGUCGCUGAUUCAUGGCCAAGGCCAAACCGUGUUGACACCUCUAGAAGUCGUCCAAAUUCAUCAUCGGCGCCAGAUCUACUUCCGUCGCCAGCACCCCAAUCUAUCCCACUCCCUCCUUUCUCUAUCCCGACAUAUCUCCAGUUAGAACUGGCCUCUGAACGGCCCUCGCCCUUAUACAUUCACCGUUCCUCCACGAAUGAUUUUCCUUACGAGUCUUCGCGAGCGAAACUCGAGCGGCUACAAAACUUUUUCCUUCUACCUCCCGCCCUAGAACAGGUACUGUUCUUCGGUGCUCUUGCAUGUAUCGAUGCGUGGCUUUAUUACUUCACAAUCCUGCCAUUGCGAUUUCUCAAGUCUAUUUUUCUUCUUCUUCGUUCCUGGGCUAUCAAUGUUGGAGCCGAAGCACAGUUUAUUUCACGGUUUAUUUUUACCGGACUUGGCAGGGUAUGGCGCCGGAGACAACAGGGGUGCCCGGCUGCGCGCAAGAACGGGCAUGAUCAAAAGCAUAAUGAGAGCCCUGCUCACUCGCGGCCACGCUUUUCGAGCAAUGUUUCUACUGAUCAGGAGAGCCCAUUCCUUGACCAUGAUGUCAAGAAUCGGCCAUCUGAAAAAAAUGACCCGCGAAACCGGGUGCCUUCCAGUCGAAGACAUCGCAGGACCAGGUCUAUUCCCUCCACACUUUUACCGAACGAUAAGGCAGAUAUUUUGAAGGGUUUUCUCAUGAUCUGUACAUGUCUGAUUCUGAUGUAUUUCGAUGCCAGUCGGGUUUAUCACUGGAUUCGCGGGCAGGCUGCCAUUAAGCUUUAUGUUAUUUAUAACGUACUUGAGGUUGGGGAUAGACUGCUUUCAGCAAUCGGCCAGGACGUCCUCGAAUGCUUGUUUUCACGCGAAGCUCUGGAGAGGAAACCUGAUGGGCGCAGCAAGAUUCUGCGUCCAUUUUGGCUAUUUAUCAUCGCACUGAUAUAUACCGUUAUCCAUUCUGUCUCACUUUUCUAUCAAGUCAUCACACUCAAUGUGGCGGUGAAUUCAUAUUCGAAUGCCUUGAUUACCCUCUUAUUAUCGAACCAGUUUGUGGAAAUUAAAUCCACCGUCUUUAAGAAAUUUGAAAAAGAAAAUCUCUUCCAGCUUACCUGUGCCGACGUUGUCGAGCGAUUUCAACUCUGGCUGAUGCUUACAAUCAUCGCGUCUCGGAAUAUUGUUGAAACGGGUAUCUUCAGCUUUGGCAGUGGCUUGAGCUUAUUUGCUGGUAGCAAGCCAACCCCGAGCGCGAAUGCUACAUCAUUUGCAACUCCACCCAGAACUGCAUCGUCCAUUCUUCCACAGGCCUUCACCAUCCUCCCGUCAUCCCUACUCUCGUCGCUUAGCAAGGUGAACUCAUUUCUCCCAACGAUCGGCCACCUCCUCGGACCCUUCCUUGUGGUCCUAGGUUCUGAAAUGAUAGUCGACUGGUUGAAGCACGCAUAUAUCAAUAAAUUCAACAAUAUCCGUCCUGCGCUGUACGGCCGGUUCCUCGACAUACUCGCCAAGGACUACUAUACGAAUGCCUUCGCGGACCAGAAUCUCAACCGCCGCUUAGGCCUACCCGUCAUUCCGCUCGCGUGCCUCUUCUUCCGCGUCUCCAUACAAACCUAUCAGAUGUUCCUGACAUCGUGGCUACCACAGACACCAUCCCUCGUCACUCAGUCAAACACCACGUCUUUAACCUCAAUCCACGACCGUUAUUCCCCAUCCCCAUCGCCCUCCCCUUCAUUUAUACUACCCCUCCACCCCCUCGAUCCCAGCUUCCUCACUAAACUCUCCUCGCUAUUCCAAACCAUGAUAGCCCACGCCACCCCUUCUCCCGCAGCCUUCAUACCAAUUUUCACCACCAUCCUCGUCCUGCUCCUAUACCUCACCCUCCUCUUCAUAAAACUUAUCCUCGGCAUCAUUCUCCUCAGCUACUCCCGCGCCCGCUAUAAGAAAAUGAAAUCGCUAGAACGGGUCACAAUCACGAAUGCCUCCUCUUCUAAACCAACUGCUACACCAUCCACCAUGGCAACAACAACAGCAGAAACAACACCGCCCCCGCCACCUCCACCAUCACAAUUUCCCAACCCCCAGCCCACGACAGCAACAACAAACCCCGACAUCGUCGAGGGUGCGCGUCGCGUUGGUGGCUGGGGUGCUGUGGAGGUGGGCGAGGAUCGGAGAAGGUGGAUCUAUGCUGAUGAUCCAGAAGGCGCAAGACGAUUAAAGGAGAGAGAGGAACGGGAUAGAGUGGUGAAGCCCAGUGCUGGAGGCGAUGGGAUUGAAGGGGUGAUGAGGUAUGAGAUGGCGGCGAAGAGGAUUUGGUGAGUCAGAGCGAGCAUAUUUUGAUGUCUGUAUUUUUACAAGAUGUACAGUGAGGAGUGACGUGGGUCCCCUUUUGGGGUUGGGGGGGGGGGGGGGGUUGUUGGUUUUACUUUGCAUUAUUUGUAUGAUUCGCGUGGAGGCGUCUUUGUGAUCUUUUCUUUGUGUUUCUUUGCAUAUAUACAGAGUACACGGUGUCGCAUGUCGCAUUGUAGUUCCAUUGUAUGCAUGUGUAUUAGAUAUGUGAUAAGGAUAACGAUAUGUGGUAACGAAUAUAACCCUUGAUUUUCUGAUUUGUGUUGUUCCCCACUUUUGUGGUUUUGUUCCCUGCGAAUGACAUUUUUGAAAGAGGGAUGGAUAAUAAUGCAAAUAGACCGCAAAUGUGAAAUGCGAAUUAAAGGAUAUGGUAAUGUCAAACGAGGGAUGGGGAAAGAAUGCAACUCCAAGCGGGAAAAAAAAAGUAUUUCUAUCAAUACAUUAUAGGGGAGGAAAAGCAUUAGAAAGAAUAACAUAGUAUCAGAAAGUAGAGCAUCGAGGUCAGGUCCUGUGGUGAAGGUGCUCAAUCGAAGAAGGCAUCCCGAUGCAUGAUGGUUACCAACUGACUCCAUCAACAACUUCAAUCAUCCUCCAUUCCAUCCCUCAGUCCAUUCCCUGUCUUACUCCUCUGAAUCCUCCCCAGCCUCGCUAUCAUUACUAGCACUGCCGUCCUCGUCUAGAGUACCGUCAUUACCAGUCCCAGCUCCAUCCUUUCCCAAAUCCCUGAACACCCGCGUCAUAAUCUCUCGACUCUUAUACAGAUUUUCAACCCUCAGCCGCUCGUUAUCCAAGUGCGCAUGGUCACUCGCCUGGCCACACGGUAGGUGAGCCGCUGGCGCAUUGAAUUCUUUCUCUAGAUAGCGGAUCGUCG